AUGGGAAAAGGAAAUGAGGAGCAGGAGGUACAACAGGAAGGUACCAGUAGGAAUGCACAGAAAAAAGAACAAAAAGCAUCAGUAGGAAGCAAGAACCGAGGACCAGAAACAAGGAAGAGCAAUAAUAAUAACAAAACGAACAGGAAAAGACAGAGAGAGAAGAGCAAGAACGAUAGAACAAAAAAUGCGAAUCAAGAAACAAAAAGAAAAAAUGACAACGAGAAGGAAGCGAGAGAAAAGGCAAAGGAAGCAAUAGAAUACUAA